AUGAAGAGCAUCAGGGUGCCCAUGCGUUCGAGGCAGAGUUCACAUCGGAAAAAUAUAAUACGUUUUGUGUUUUUUUUUACGGCGUUGUUUGUUUACUUUUGGACAUCCCGGAACGAUCGGAGCGGCAGUGCGUUGCCUUAUGACAGGGAGACUGAUGUGGAGACCAUCGGCGUUGUGGGGGACACUUUGUUUCCCAAGAGUGCCGUGUACGAGGAGGACAGUGCGUAUUGGGGCUUUACAGGCGGCAUCGAUAGUCUUCUCGAGGGCGUCGUUUUGCAGAAACACUGGGGGCCUGUUAUGAGGCUAAGUCACGAGGGGUCACUGGACGAGUGGAAAGUCACGAAUAUAAGCUGUGCACGACUCACAUCUUUAGGAGUCAAACCACAUGAUAUGAAAAAUCGCUACAUGAGACACCGGGCAGUGAAGGAUUUCACAGGGUGUGAUAUGCUCUCAGUGCCUUUUAACCCCCGUCAAGACCAACGCUGCAUUAAUUUCCUCACAAACGCUUCCAACUGGAAGGAAUUGGUGCCAAUUGCACAGACCAAGGAUCAGCGAACCAUCAAGUUUAGUAUUGUUUUUAAUCCCAUUUGGGUUGCAGAUGGGGGUUUUAUCGAACAACCAUUGGAAACAAUCAUUAAAGUACCACAACGACCUUUUCCUUUGGAAGCAGUGGGAGAGGUGGCGACAUUUCAUGCAGAUCGCCUUUUGCUGACGUAUCGUGUGCCGCCCACUGGCUGGGCAUGUUUGCCAAUUUCAAUGAUAGAGGACUCCGUGGCAAAAUAUAAAGAUGUUGUGGAGACCAAUGAGGAAUUCUUUCGGAUGUCAGGAGUAAAUAACUAUAACGAGUGGGUGAAGAAGGAUCUAUUUGAUUAUGUCCGUGAGAAACGUUAUCUGGAACGUUCUGUAAAUGGUGAUGAAUGUAUUGGUGUAUCUAUUCAACUUAAAAUUGCUGACGUGGGACAUUUUUUGAGUAGCGUGAUGCGCAUUCCCUAUGAGCCUCAUAAUGACUCGUGGCAUGCCUUCUUUGACCUAAACAACAUUGCUGGAGAACGCGUGAUUGAUUUUAUUCGGAAGCGGAACUACGCUGGCGUUCUUCACUUGGCUACUCUAAGUAUGUUUGACUACUUUGUCGGGAACAUGGACCGUUCCCCAAACAAGAAUAACUUUGUGGUGGGCGGGACACAUAUCGGUUCAAAUGAAAAUGAUAUUUUUAUGCUUCACCCGAAUCAUCCUACUUUUGUGUACCUUGACCAUGGCAUGACAUUUUACUACCGGCGCCCACGUAGAAAUCCGCUUACUAAAUCCUAUGGGGCUUUCAAGAGGAAUAAACCGGGCACGUUUUGUCUCUUUCAUGGCCCAUUGCUGCGACGGAUUCGCGAAUUGGUACAGUUUACUGGCGGCCCAAUGAAUGAAACGGUCUUUGCGUGGAGGAUGCAACGACGUCUGCCAAGUCACGUCUACAGCACCAUUGGACCUGAAGGUCUACUUCGGUCUUCAACACGCGGUAAAGAAAUAUUGGCCAUGGCCGAUCGUUGCUUGGAGAAUGAGCAUAUACGACCCUACGUACUUUUUCCGUGA